AAAUUUUUCGACGGCCCGAGAUGCUGAGCAGCCAGCCACCAAUGAGGUGGCGUGUCAUCAACCAGGCGGAAGAGCAAGAGACAGAGAAGAUCCCAUCGCCCACUCCUUUUCUCUCCUCACUCCCCAAAUCCCCAUCUCCCACUCCCACAUCACACUCCCCCUCUUCCCCGGUCGGUCUCCGGUCUCCUCCCCCUAUCGCCGCGGCCAUGGACAAGUCCAACCUCCUGCCGCCCUCCAACUCCGCCGCCUCCUCCGCCCUCAAGUCCCUCAACAAGUCCUCCUACAAGAUCUCCAAGCAGCCCUCCUCCUCCUCCAUGAAAGCGCCUUCUCCUCCUCCGCCGCCGCUCCCUUCCCGCCUAUCUCCUCCUCUUCCGCCGCCGCCGCCUCAAACCGCCGCGCCCGUCCUGCCUGACCACCCUCCACCCCAGCCCCCCGUCUACAACAUCGACAAGUCAAACUUCCGCGACGUCGUCCAGAAGCUCACCGGCUCCCCCUCCCACCUCCUACCGCCUCAGCCCCCGGCGGCCGCCCCCGCCGCCGCCGUCGUGGCCCCACCCCCGCCGCGUCCCAUCAUGGCCCCUCCCCCAGCGCGUCCCAUCAUGGCCCCGCCUCCACCCCCGCUAUCGGCCAUUCCGUCCCGCCUCCACCGCAUCCGCCCCCCGCCGCUGGCCCCGCUCCGCCCGCCUCCGCCCAUCCUGCCGCCGGCCGCGCCCACGCUCUCCCCUCUCCCCGCGCUCCCUUCCGUCUGCAUGACGGCGGAGUCCCCCAUCUCGGCCUACAUGCGCCGGCUGCGGGGGAUGCCGUCGCCGAUCCAUGUGCCGACAUCGCCGCUCGGGUUCGGGUGCCUCCCCUCGCCGCGGACGCCGACGUCGCCUGGCGUGGCCAUGCCGGCCACCAGCCCCCGCGUCCGCGACCCCUGAUCAAGAAACAACUGAUGCUGCUGCUCCCGAUGUGUAGAUAUGGCCCGUCUAGGAGAGAUCUGGGGAGGCGGCGGCGGCUAGCAGAAGGGGACGGAGUAGCAAUACAAUUACAAUGUGUUAGCUUCGCCAGUAAAAUCUUAGCUUCUAUUUUUGUAGCGUGUUCUACCUGCCUUAAUAUUUUGUUGGUGUAUAUGGAACAUGCUGUGUUCGACAACAGAUGACUUUAUCAGGUUUGGUCAUUUUUUCUGUAACAAGCUUAUGCAAAACCCAAAGCUUUAUAUGCAAAAUUCGUUCAGGAUAUAUUAUGGAUGAUUAUUAUGAUAUGAUAUUGAAAGGUAUUUGUCA